AUGUCUAACCAAAACGAAUAGGACUAAUCCAAAAAAGGAAUUGGUUUUGGUGCAAAAGGCACCUUCGAUUAAGGUAUAUACGGCGAUAAGGGAAAUUAUCUAGACUACAUUCCAGACGAAAAUGAUACGAAUGCUAGUGAUCCAUUUUAGCAAAGAAGAAAUCAAAAGCUUUCUGGCAUUACUGGCCAAAAAGAGUUAAUUGAAGAGAUGAAGAUGGGAGGUCCACAAGAAGAUCCAAUGAAGGAAUUUGGCCACAAGAAAAUUGCUGAUAGAGAGGACUAGUACCACUAAAGAAGAAUGAACAGAAUGCUCUCACCUGAAAGGGCAAAUCCGUUCGACUCACAAGGAGGGAAAAAAGAUUAGAACAAAUCUAGCGGCGGACUCUUGCCUGCUAAAAGAACUUAUUAUGAUAUAAUGAGCGAGCAAUAGCUAGAUAAUGAGAAGCAAGAUGUGUACAGAAAAGUUGCCUAGAAGCAAGAGGAAGAAAAAAGAAGCUCAGAACAGUAGGAUAAGAACAAAAGAUAAAAACUCAAGGAUGAGACCUCAACAAAUGCUAGUGUCACAAUAAAGAGCCAUAUUUAACCAUCUGAUUGGGAUAAACAUGAAGCAGGUCCUAUCAAGCAGCAAAUCAAAGAAAGCAACAGAAUCUCAACUAAAUGGGAUACUCCAAGAAGAACUCCAUCAAUGGAAGGAGCCACUCCUAGAAGAAAUAGAUGGGAUCUAACACCAGCUUCAUAAUAGAAACCAGGAGGAUCAGGAGUCACAAGUGAUACAAGUACUCCAUCAAGAUUCAGCUAAUCAAAAAGCAAUUUCGGUGAAACUCCUACUCCUGGCAGAUGGUCAUAGCCCACUCCAAUGAGAAUGAUAUCAGAGACACCAACACCUGGUCAAAGUAGAUUUGGUGCUACUCCAAUGGGUGGACAAGGUGGAACUAGAUGGGACCAGAAACCAGGUCAAACCCCAACUGGUGGAUAGGGUAUGAUGCAAACACCUCUUCAAGGCUAUCACCCUAUGAUGACACCAGUCGGAGGAUAAACCCCUUCACUAUCUCAACCAUACUGGUAAAGAGAUGUAAACGAUAGAAACAGGCCUUUUACUGACGAAGAGUUAGAUCAAAUUUUACCCUCUUAGGGUUUUGAGGUUAUCAAACCUCCUGAAGGUUAUAUUCCAAUUAGAACUCCUUCAAGAAAACUCUAAGAGACUCCAAUGGCUUAUUAGCAAACACCACAAGGAUUUAUGAUUCCAGAGGCAACAGGAAAACCUUACGACGUUUAAAUGACACCAGGAGGUAAGGGUGAUAAGGAUGCUAUUCCUUUCAUUAAGCCAGAGGAUGUGAAUUACUUCAGUUCACUAUUGAAUGAAGUAGAUGAGGAGCAGCUAUCAAAUGAGGAGCAAAGAGAUAGAAGAAUAAUGAUGUUAUUGCUUAAGGUUAAAAAUGGCACUCCUCCAAUGAGAAAGUCUGCUUUGAAAACAUUGACUGAAAAAGCUAGAGAAUUCGGUGCAGGUCCCUUGUUCAACUAAAUCUUGCCACUACUGAUGAGCCCUACUCUUGAGGAUUAGGAGAGGCAUUUAUUAGUCAAAGUAAUUGACAGAAUAUUAUAUAAGUUGGAUGAUUUAGUCAGACCAUAUGUACACAAAAUUCUAGUAGUCAUAGAACCACUUCUUAUAGAUGAAGAUUAUUAUGCAAGAGUUGAAGGCAGAGAAAUCAUAUCUAAUCUUGCAAAAGCAGCAGGUUUAGCAACAAUGAUCUCAACAAUGAGACCAGAUAUUGAUCAUAAUGACGAAUAUGUUAGAAACACAACUGCUAGAGCUUUUGCCGUUAUUGCUUCAGCUCUUGGUAUCCCUGCUCUACUUCCAUUCUUAAAAGCAGUUUGCCAAAGUAAAAAAUCAUGGAGAGCAAGACACACAGGCAUCAAGAUCGUUCAAUAAAUUGCUAUACAAAUGGGCUGUGCAGUCCUGCCACAUCUCAAGAGUUUAGUCGAUAUUAUCGAGCAUGGAUUGAAAGACGAAGAACAGAAAGUAAGAACUAUUACUGCACUUGCUAUCUCAGCACUAGCUGAGGCCUCAAAUCCAUAUGGAAUAGAAGCUUUCGAAUCAAUUUUAAUUCCACUCUGGGAUGGAAUUUCCAUCUAUAGAGGUAAAGCACUAGCUGCCUUUUUGAAAGCUAUUGGCUUUAUUAUCCCACUUAUGGAUUCAGACCACGCAGGAGAAUAUACUAAAUUCGUUACGCCUGUUCUAAUUAGAGAAUUUCAAAACAAUGAUGAUGAAAUGAAGAAAAUCGUCCUAAAAGUUGUAAAGUAAUGUGUCAGUAGUGAUGGUGUUACAGUCAAGUAUGUCAGACAAGAUAUUAUCCCUGAGUUUUUCAGAAACUUCUGGCUUAGAAGAAAUGCUUUGGACAAGAAAAACUAUAAGCAACUGAUAGAGACUACUGUUGAGAUAGCUGGCAAAGUUGGAGGAGCUGAGAUCAUUAAGAAGAUUGUAGAUGAAUUGAAAGAUGAUAACGAGACUUGCAGAAAGAUAGUAAUUGAAACUAUGGAAAGAAUAAUUGCUGCCUAUGGAGUGGCUGAUAUAGAUGCUAAGCUUGAAGAAAGACUAAUGGAUGGCAUAUUAUUUGCAUUCUCAGAGUAAGCUUCAGAAGAUACUUAAACUGUCCUAAAUGCUUUUGGAACAAUAGUCAACUGUUUGGGAGUAAGAGUUAAAUCAUAUAUUCCUUAAAUUUGUGGAACCAUUCAAUGGAGAUUAAAUAAUAGAUCAGCUAGAGUCAGAUAACAAGCAGCAGAUUUGAUAUAAAGAAUAGCACUUGUUAUGAAAACUUGUGGUGAGGAAGGAUAUAUGGGUAGAUUAGGAGUUAUCCUAUAUGAGUAUUUAGGAGAAGAGUACCCCGAGGUUUUAGGAUCAAUAUUGGGUGCUUUGAAGGCUAUUGUGAAUGUGAUAGGUAUGUCUAAGAUGACUCCCCCUAUUAAGGAUCUAUUGCCAAGACUUACUCCUAUUCUUAAAAAUAGACAUGAAAAGGUGUAGGAAAAUUGCAUUGAUCUAGUAGGUAGAAUUGCUGACAGAGGAGCAGAGUAUGUUUCACCUAGAGAAUGGAUGAGAAUUUGCUUUGACUUGCUGGAUUUGAUUAAUGCCCACAAAAAGGGUAUUAGAAGAGCAACAGUAAACACUUUCGGCUAUAUCGCCAAGGCCAUAGGACCUUAGGAUGUAUUGGUUAUUCUUCUAAAUAAUCUUAGAGUCUAAGAGAGACAAAACAGAGUCUGUACUACAGUGGCUAUUGCAAUUGUUGCUGAAACUUGCGGUCCCUUCACAGUGUUACCAGCACUUAUGAACGAAUACAGAGUGCCAGAAAUGAAUGUGCAGAAUGGAGUACUCAAGAGUUUGAGUUUUAUGUUUGAGUACAUUGGAGAGAUGGGCAAGGACUACAUCUAUGCCCUUACUCCUUUGCUUGAAGAUGCUUUAAUCGACAGAGAUUUGGUUCACAGACAAACAGCUGCUUCUGCAGUCAAGCAUAUGUCUCUCGGUGUUGCAUAUCUCGGGUGUGAGGAUGCCCUUACUCACUUGGCUAACUAUCUCUGGCCUAAUGUCUUUGAAGUAUCUCCUCAUGUAAUCAAUGCAGUCCUUGACGGCAUUGAAGGCAUCAGAGUAGCUCUUGGGUCAGGUAAAAUUCUUUUCUACACUCUGUAAGGAUUGUUCCAUCCUGCCAGAAGAGUAAGAGAAGUUUACUGGAAAGUUUAUAACAACAUUUACUUGGGUGCUCAAGAUAGUCUAGUUUCAGCCUAUCCUAAUUUCAGAGAUGAUGGAAUUAACAAGUACAGAAGAAAUGAGCUUGAGAUGAUGAUUUGA